UCGCAUCAAUUGUUUCCUAAUCUUGUGGGAUCUUUUUGUUUUUCUUCACUUGCAGACCCAAGUAUGGUCAGAAAUACUAAUUUGGGCAAGCUUGGGUGCUCAAAAGUAGACUUAAAUAUGUUAAGGGAUGUAUACACAACUGCUCCUGCAGCCCUGAAAUCAUACUUCAUUACACACUAUUUCAUUCAUUAUUCCCUCUUGCUUUUAAAUGAUCUGACUAAGGAGCAGUUCCACUGUUGUCGCUUUCAUUUUGUAGUAUCGCUCUCCAGGGUGGUGUGGGCUACAGUGGGAGUGUGUGACUCCCCAGUGUUUGCCUAAUGUCUGUCUGCUUCAUUCAAGAGUUAUCUUAAAGUAAGGUGUGUCUUUACAAAGGUGUAUGGCUAACAAGAAAUGCUAUAAAGUGCUUCUGCUUUGCUAUCACUGUUAGUUCUGUGAGAAUGAAAGAUCUGAAUAGAAAAAAACAAGCUUGAAAAAAACUUUGACUUGUAGAAGGUAGCCUGACAAUUAAUAGACGUUUAUUCAUCAUGAAUAAUGUUGCAAUUUACUAAUGCUUCAUCUGAAUUUAUCUGAGGCAUAUAAUAGUUGGAUGGGCUCUGAAGCAUUCCUGGUUCAAUUCCAGCUGGAAUUUUAGGUCUCUAGGAACUUGGCAUGAUUUAACUUCUGCUUUCCAAGGCUCAUCUAAUCCACUGUCAGAAGAUCAUUCCGAAGCCCUUCAACGGAAACAAAGUGAUCCGUUCUGCUAGAAAACCCAUGAAAUCUUUGUACUGCAUGGCUGUUAUCCAAAGCAACCAUUUACCUGUGUCUUGUGAUUCCUUAAUUGUUAGCAGCCCUGAGCCAACAGCAAGGUCUAUUGCACCUCAUUGUAUGAGCAAGGCCUUGCAUGUAGCAACCAGCUUGAAGGAGGUAGCAGGGGGGGCAGGAGGGAGAGAGCACAGUUAAAGUCUGCUGACUGAGGCACUGCUGGGUGGUGGGCUUGUGGAAAUUGUAAAGCCUGUUGGUUUGCUUAACAGUACAUGGUUUGAUGUUAAUUAAUGUUCCAAGUAGAGUUUGAGCUUGGUUGACACAGAUAUGCAUGUGGUUUGAUUUUAACUUUCACUCUCCCAGAACAGUAGGUAAAACUUGUUCUGAUGAAACUGAAGUGCUGAGGUGGUCGUGUGCUUUUGCAGCCAGUCCUAUGCAACCCAAACACAUCUGGGCUUGGUGAUAUAUUGGAAGUGGACAUUAGAUACUGAUCAAUGGGAACAGACUUGAACAAUUCUUAAGUGCUCUUAAAAUUCCUUUUUGGCAGAGUGCUUUAAAAUCCCACUUUUUCUAUCACCUUAUUUGUUUGUUUCACAUAUUUUUCCCCACAAUUUUGUUGUUUUCAUUUCAGUUUCUCUUGAAUCCGGUAAGCAGCUGAACUGCAAAUAAUCAGUUUUAUCUAGAAGAUUGGAUUUCAGAAUUGCCUGAAGAAAACUGGGGUGCUAAUAUUCAGGAGGUGAUGCUAUGAAUGAAGCAAAGGAGAAAGCAAAUUAGCCCAACCUAAAACAGUGUCUGACGCAUGUAACUGAAUUUGACUGGGUACUGUUACUGUUCUUUGUAACACUAGAUGCUACCUAAUCCUAUUUGCAUCAAAGAAAUCGAUGAGAUUUUCCAGUUGUAGACCUGAACUGUCAGAAUUUUAGGCAAAAGGUGACGUUAGUCACACCAUUACUUCUCUUACAGUAGAAUUCCUUUUAUUCUGACCAAUUGUGACUGAAGGGCAAAAACAGAAAACACAAUGACAGUCCAGAAAGUGUUAAAAGGAGAUGAGUAAAAUCAGAGAAAUCAUUUCCCAUUUUAAUGUACAGAUUUUAUCCCCUUGGCUUUUUUCCCCCUCCUUUAAUAUAUUAAUAUAUUCUUCUGCUUCUUCAUUUAUCAAAAGCGAUUCUACUAAUGCUCUGACUGUUCUGACUAUACAAAAGUUAUUUGUAUGAAGAGGUUUCUUCCUUAACAUGCAAACCACUACUGUACGUGGUUCCAGGAGCAAUCUGGGAACAUCUUUGAUGAUUUUUACAUGAUCUCUGGGCAUUAUAUAUGUUGACUGGUAGCCUUAAUUUCUUUUAAAUUGCCUUUUUCUUUUCAAUACUUGUGUAAUAACUCUGGCUCCUUUAUUUUACGAAUGGUUCUUAAAGCAGCAUCCAGCUCUGUGAAGUUCUGGCUGUUCUUUUGGAGUUGGGAAGAGGGAAGCCGAGGUGAUUUGUUUGGCACUUUCUUUUAUAACCUAUAUAAUGUGUGUGUAUGCUAUUACAGUGUUAUAAUUCUCUGUAGAAUAACAUAAGAGUCUGCACUUUAAUUAAAAAAUAUUGACACUUUCAGCGAGAUACAGAAACCAAGUCUCUGUCCGAGGCUUAUUAUGUAACUUUAUCAGCAGACCAAGUAAUUGGGUAUUGGGGUAUUGGGGGUUUUUUGUUUGUUUUUCCUGCUACAAGUUACAAUUGUACUAAACCUCACUCCACCAAUUGUUUCCAUCUCUAAAAGCCUGCACCGGUAAACACAAUGAGGCCGUGCUGGUGGUGCUGAGGUGUAAGACAAAUGUAGCACGGGGGAAGGAGGAGCUGUUGGUGUGGCUCCUCUCAAAAACCAGGGCUCGGGCCCAAGCUGCAAACACACCCUGAGCCGGAUGGCAGCUCACACUGGGUGUGCCACUGCCUGUUGUUAAGGGAGUUGUGUAACCACUCCUAUCUGAGCUCCUAUCGCGCUUGUGCUGCAAUGUCAUUAGUGGGAAAAGGGGGGCAAAGAAUGACAUGCUGUAUUAUUAUCUCACCAAUCUGCUUUCUAAAAUAAAGUACAUGCAUACUGUGGCUAUUUCUAUUGAUCGUGAGUGCUCUGACACCGAUAAUAACAUAACUUCGAGCUGUGCUGGAGUUGAAGAUCCUCGCCUGUGUUCCACGCACAGCUCCUUCGAAGGCAGGAGAGCGCAGACAGUGCUGAGGGAAGAAGCUGUAAGGGCAGAGCCGCCCUCUUUCGGCCACGCGCUGUACUGUGUUUCGUGCUCUCGGCACGAGGAUACCGGCUUGGUGUUCCCGUGCAGCCCCGAGGUGCAGCAGCACGCAGCGCCCGCUGGCACGCUCACAUCCACGGACCCACCGCAGCUGCCCGCGCCCUCAGCCACGCGACGGCGGGGUGGGAGGCCGCCCCCCUGCGGGCCGGAGGCCGCCACAGGUGCCGGCGCUGCGCGGGGAGGCGUCGGCCGGAGGGACAUUCCCUCAGACGCGGCUCGCGAAGCUCCGGGACCGAAGCGAGCGCGGUGCCCCUGCCCCCCUGCAUCCCCCCCGGCAGGCAUCGGCGGGCGGGCAGGAGGCGCUUGGCGGUGUCCCUGCGCCCCUCUCCGACGCGCUCGGGGCGGGGGAACGAAGGGGAUAUGAAACUCGCCGCGGCCCAUACGGCGCCGAGGGGCUGCGAGGUGCGGGCGGCGCCGCGAUGCCCGGCGGCGGGAGGGCCCCGACGUAGCGGCGCGGUGCCGCGGGGCGGAGGAUGGCGUGCGGCGGCUGCUGCUGCUCGGGCGCGGGGCGACUGAACGCGGACAACGCGCGGUUCCUGCUGCUGGCCGUGCUGAUCGCGCUGUACAUGCUGUGCGGAGCCGCCGUCUUCUCGGCCAUCGAGCUGCCCGGCGAGCGGCGGGCCAAGCAGCGCUGGGAGGAGCGGCUGCAGAACUUCACCCGCCGCCACAACCUCAGCCGCGCCGAGCUCCGCGACUUCCUCCGCGAGUACGAGGAGGCGAGCGUGGCCGGCAUCCGCGUCGAUGACAUCCGGCCCCGCUGGGACUUCACCGGCGCUUUCUACUUCGUGGGCACCGUCGUUUCUACUAUCGGGUUUGGCAUGACCACCCCAGCCACCGUUGGAGGCAAAAUUUUUCUUAUAUUUUAUGGCCUUAUAGGAUGUGCAGGGACCAUCUUAUUCUUUAACCUGUUCCUGGAGCGCCUGAUCACUGUCAUAGCCUAUGUCAUGAAGUCCUGCCAUGAGAGACAGCUGAGGAGGAAAGGGGUCCUCCCUCACGACGGUCGGCGGGGCUCAGGGACCUCAGAGGCAGACAGCCUGGCAGGCUGGAAGCCCUCGGUGUACUACGUCAUGCUGAUUUUGUGUGUAGCAUCGCUCAUCAUCUCCUGCUGUGCCUCUGCAAUGUACACACCGAUUGAAGGGUGGAGUUACUUUGACUCUCUGUACUUCUGCUUUGUGGCCUUCAGCACCAUUGGCUUUGGUGAUCUGGUCAGCAGCCAGAACACCCACUAUGAGAGCCAAGGCCUCUACCGCUUUGGCAAUUUUGUCUUCAUACUCAUGGGGGUUUGCUGCAUCUAUUCCUUAUUUAACGUGAUCUCUAUCGUCAUCAAACAGUCCAUAAACUGGAUACUAAAGAAGCUGGACUGCAGGUGCUGCCAUAGAUGCCAAAGAAAAUUAUUUCGGUCGCGGAGGAACGUGGUAAUGCCCGGAAACGUGCGUGGCCGGAGAAACAUCUCCAUUGAGACUGACAUCGUCAAUGAGAGCGACACAGAUGGACGCCGGCUGUCAGGCGAGAUGAUCUCAAUGAAGGACUUCCUGGCCUCCAACAAAGUUUCACUGGCCAUCAUGCAGAAACAGCUGUCUGAAACUGCCAAUGGCUACCCACGGCAAAUGAGCUCAAAGCAAAAUGGAUUCUCUGGUGGAGUUGGAGCCCUAGCAAUUAUGAAUAACAGACUGGCAGAGACAAGUGUGGAUAGGUAAUAUAAUACAGAACAGUAUUAUAAAAUAGUACAGGAAUAACAGUGGAGCAGCGUGAAGCAUUUCAACACAUACAAAAACAGUGUGGAUCAUGUGGAUGUACCUAGGGAGAGUACUAUCCGAGGGAGAGGGCAAGGUGGAUGUGAAAAGCAUACUUUCUGUUGGAAGACCACUCAUGUGUUUUUGGGCUGUCACUUAAUAUCAUGGCUCCAUGAAUUGCACCAGUCUCAGCCUUUCUUCCUGCCCUCCCUUCUGUGCCUCCAACAGACCACUGCAGGAGAAAUUCAAUUUAGCCUUCAAAUCAGUUUUUCAUGUCCUUUGCUUUUCCAUUUUUGUGAAAUACAGAUUUCAGGAUACAAAAUCUGUUGUAAUGGAACAAAUCAAGAGUAUCUUCUGAAUAUAUUCUGAAUUCAGAGAUUGUUUUGAGCUUUCUGUCUUAACUCUUCUCAUAAUUGUUUUCUGAAGGUAACUUAUUUAAGACAAAAGGAGGAAUAAUUACAAGCCUUUCUCAGUCAUAUUGCAGAUCUAAUUAGAUGAUGUAAUGGAAUAGGGAAAAACAACAACAACAUCAACUGAAAAUAGAAGAACAUCUAUAUUCUUUUAAAUAUCUCUCCUUGAAAUGUAUUCCUGUUGUGAAACAGCAAGCCUUGAAAAGCCAGGUUCUGUUGCCAUUAAAAUUGUACAAAUCUGGAGCGUUUGUAUGAAAGGUGGACUAAGUUCUCUGGAGCUGUUGUGAUUUGAAUGAGAGAAUUUGGCCUUUAGAAUUUAUUUUAGUCUUCCCUUUAAAAAGAUACUGUCAAAAGUGAUAACAUAAAAAAUUAGCCUACGUUACCUUUAUUAUUAUUGUUUUCCCUAUUGGCGAAACGUGAAUUUCCCAUGGUUGUUGUUGUUUUUUUCCUUAUAAAAUUUAAUCACCAUUUUCUGUUUCAAAAAUAUCCAAUUAAUUGAAAAAAGAAUGCCAUAGUAACAAGCUGUUUGAAUUACUGUACAUCCACGUUAUGUAAUAUAACUAGUAACUGGGUUUACAGAACAGGCUUCAUUACGCAAUUAGAUUGCCAUGCCAACAUUCAGUGCGUUAUUAUAAGUGAAUGUGGUCACAAAAUCACUUCAGCAUUGUCCUUUUCACCUCUCAUGCAGUUUUGUCUUUCUUCACCUGUUUUCUGGCAUUCAGUAAUGAUAAUGACAGGGUCUUGAUUAGAGAAAUAGAAAAUGUUUAACUCCUCGUUUUUCUCAAUGAAAUGCUCUGAGUGUUCAUUAUGAGUAGAAAGGAGGCUUCAAUGAGAAGCAUAAUAACAGUGAGAAGAAUAUGAAAACAGGAAACUGGGUGAUCUUUAAUGACAGUGAAAUCAUGCUUUCUAUUAGAUAACUGGAGAAAUAAGGGAUUGAAUUAACAUAGAGUCUAGUGAGAAUUUAAGGAGGUCUGGGCUGAAUUCCUAGUUCCUUAACCAUGCAAUGCAUUAGAGCUGGACAGUAUAUAAGUGUAAAUAAGCUGAAUGGCUCACAAAGGACCUGAUCCAAUUCUCCCUAAAGAGAAAAUAGUACAUGUAUCAGGUCUGAGCAUUUUCUCACUUCUGUUUAGCUAUGAUGCCUUCCAGAAUACUACAAUUUUAGGGCAUUUAAAGGAGUCCGAUGCAGUUCCUAAUUUCUCUCAUAUGGAACAGUGCAAAUAGCUUCUUCAGCUUACAGAAUGGUAUCAUCUCCUUUUCCUUCAUUCUGCCUCAGUGUUCUUUUUUUUAGGUUCCUAAUACUGUAAAGUAGUAUUUCAAUACUCAUUUCAAGCAAUAUUUGAAUUUGAAAAGAAAACAUACCUCUGAGAAUCUUUCAUACAAUAAAGCAAAAUCAGAAAAUAAACAACCGCACUUAACUCAUGAAAAAGAAUUGCAAGCUCUUUCUGACAUUGUAAAGUUAAAAUAUUCUGAUUAAAAGUCAAAUUUUGCUGUCCUUAGUUGCAAGGAGAGCUUCAAGCUGCAGCCAUUACUUGAAAGCCUACUGUCAGCUCAGCUGUGUAGCAGGGGAAUGUCUCUCCACAUUUGCCUUCAUGUAAGAUCCAAAUCAGCUCACAAACCUUAACUCUGGCCAGAAAAGCAGUUGCAUUUGUCUCCAACGGUUUUACCUAUUUUCAAAGAAUGCUGCUGAUAUGUUUUUUGUUACGUUAUAGUAUCCAAAAUCUAUUACACUCUUACAGGUUUUUUUUUCUCCCAAAGCUUUGUCUCAACCAUAAUGAAUAAAAAUACUUGUGUAUAAAAUGAGAAAAUAACUUCUUUCAUAUUUCAUUCAGCAGUGUCUCCGUUCGCUGCCUGUAACCCCAGGAUUUCAGUGUUGCAGAAAUAUUGCUCAUGCUGCCAACUAUGAGAAAUAAUUUAGGACUUCGCCCAUUGCUUAGGCAGAGCUCUCAUCCUGAACAGCUACAACCUUGGAAAGUGCAGCUUACAUCUCCAUUUAUGCUGGGUAUUAAAUCUGACAUACUUGAAAAUGUCAAAUAUUGCUGAGUGCUGUAGACAGAAGAUACUCAGUGCUAUCCGCUUUCCUAGAUGAUCAAGGCAAAACCACAUGAAAUAACCAAAAUGUGCAGGUUCCUUGAGUCCAUUUUAUUCUACAGUUCUACAUCGUCAUUAAUGAUCCAGAUGCCUUAUAGGAUUUUAACCUCAAUCCUUCCAUACCUAAUUAGCUUUCAAAAUGUGGUUCUGGAGAUCUAAGCACAACACAGUGAGACAGCAGAAAUAAUAUUUCAGGCAGUAUUCAUAGCAAAUACUUGAGAAAGCAUGUUGAAGGAGAGAGAAAUGCUUGGAAACUAAUGGAAAUAAGGAAAAUGUUACAAUCUGCGUAGUCAAUUCAGCAGAGAUUAUUCAGCUUUCAGAAUACGACAGAGCCCGGUAGCAGAUCAUUAGGGUGGUCAUAGGGUGAUCCCCAUUGCUCCCAAAAUGCAAGCGAGCAGUAUUGCUCAUUUCCAUUCUUUGGGAUACCAGCCCCUCAUUAUCCAUCACAACAGAGAAAACUUUAUCAGCUGCUUUCAAUAGAUCUGAAACCAUCUAUAGUUACAAAAGCAGGGGAUCAACCAAAUGGCUUGGUCAAGGCUGUAAGAGGUUUUUAGCAUGUAAUAGCUCUUCCUUUGCUCACCAGCCCUGUCCUCCUUCUCUCUCAGGCUAUGGUUUUCACAUGACCCAAGCCUGCCCAUCACAGGGCACUCUACAGUGGUUUUGCAGUCAGAUUUCUUGUCCACUGAAGGUAAAGAGGGAAUGAGUGCACUAGUUUUAUCUAAUCACAUCUGUUCAGAUGUGAAUUGCCGUUCCAGAGAUGAAGGGCCGUACAUUCUGUGACUGUGCCACCUUGUAUCAUGAAAUCAUGCUGUCCCCAAAACACCUCUGACUUAUCAGUUAGAAGCUGUGCUGAAUGCUUUCUUUAGGUGGCCAAAAGAAUUCUAAGGGAAUAUUAGGGAUUUGAGAAAAAGAACAACAACAAAACCUUCAUGAUUGGAAAGGGAACUUCUGACGGUGCUACAGCAGUGCUACUGCAGUUGUUUUUUUAAAGCCAUUGGAUGAAAUCCCCAAAAGCUCAGUUCAUAAUGUAACAUCAAGUAUUUAAAGACAUAUCAUACUUGGAGAUGUAAGUGUAGAUGUGCCAAAAAAAGGAAGAAUUUGUCACAGGAGUUCCAAAUGUCCGUUCUGUGUAAAAAAAAAUAACCUACAACAGAAAUUCAGGCAACGUCACAUUUCUUACAAAUGAAAGCAGCGAUGAGGAGAAAUGAAAAGAAAUACUGUCAGAUAGGCAGGGAUCUAUUUCAAAAGCUAAUUUAAAUUUUAAUUCGUAUUGCUUAGAACUAAAAUCUCAGUCUAGGAGACAGGAGCCUGCUUUCAGAAUGACUGUUUCUCCAUUUCCUGAUAUGAAUUUGCAUUAUGGCUAAUGAGACGAGGGCUUUAUUUUUUUAAUGCGCAAAUGUUUCUGUGAAUGUCUUGUGUGUAUUGAAGCUCCAGAUCAGCACUUCAGGUCAGGAAUAUCACUUAAGGCAGUGGAUUAAGCAGCAAGUUGCAGGCUGGCACCCUGAAACUGAAAGUCCAUGAUGAACUAAUGGACUGGAAGUCGGGCUUGUAAGUUUUGCCAUGCUGUAACAAUAUGAUUCGUGUGAAAUAUCAUUAUUGCACAAUAAAAUGGAAUAUUUAAUGCUAAAACAAAUGACCAUGCACCGUAAGUAAAGGAAGCUCUCAGGGUUUUUUGAUAGGCUUCAUAAAAUUUGUUCAAUUUGUGUCAAAGUCAUCAUAUUCAUUUAUCUCUGCAAAGGACAUGAUUCUCUAUUUGCAAGGAUAUGAACAGGCUUUUUGAAGGCAUCUAAUUCCUGCUGGAAAUCAGUUCACCUCUGGCCACACUUUGACUUUCAGCAGAAGUCAGGUACCCAUUUCCUUUGGGCAAUUUCAUAACCCAGCUAUGUUCUCCAUUUUGAAUCUAAGCUGACCUGACAGUGUCUCUGAAAAGUUCAAACACUAGCAGCAAGGUUUCUGUGCUGCCACAACAAUAAUAGCUGAAUUCAUUUAUUUAAAAGCCUUUUAUGGUGAAAGCUUUGCAUCAACCCAAUAGCACAAGCAGUGUUUACAGUUUGCUUGAUUUAAUCUUGGCCUCUGCCUGUUUUAAUUAUAUUUGACACAUUUAGAAAUUGAAUAGCAAAUAAUCUGUUGGACUGGGCAUGAAAAAUGAUCUGGCUCUGUUUCUCAGACUGAAUUAAUCAAGAGAAAGUGGCUGGGGAAGGUGCUUUCUCAUUAACACUGUAUUUGAAUAAAUUUCCUCUGGGUGUUAGGUUGGCCACUUGGAAGGUUAGAUUGGCUGUGGAAGCAGAGCUGUUUGCAGUGUCCCCCACAAUGUUCCUAUAUAUAUAUAACAGCUCAGUUUGUUUCUUCUCUUAUUUCAACAUAGUUUAGUAAAAUUUGGCUACCACCUUAAUUUCUUGGACUCCUUCAAGAAGUAGGAAAGUUCAUUUGUAAGAUUUCAUUUAUAAGCUGUGGAGAAUCACCAGGUGUCUUUCCACUGGGCAAAAAUACUGCUAAAAAUAGCGAGUAGUCAGAAGCUUUUUGAUACGAUCCACGUAUAUUUCAUGUGAAACCAGAUUAAAACACAGUCACUGCAGCUAUUUGGAAGCCUUAAGGAAUAGAACGACGAUCUCAUGGAGUAGACACACUCAUUCCUACUUAUCUCUUCUACAGUUCUAAUGUUUUCCUAAGGUUUUCAUGAACUGAAAUUAUUUGCAGUCGUAUAAAAAAAUUUCUAAGACUUUGAAAGGCAGGUGAGAUCUGUUGAAAAUGAAAUAUCCUUUUCCUCAUUGCUUUUUCUCCUAUUGCCUUAUAAAGGAAAAGUUUGAUGAAAAGAAGAAUGAAUACUCUCGCUUUCCAAGCAAGUGUGCCAUUUUCUGGUUUCCAUAUGGAUUUCCUAUUGGGUGUCCUUGCAGAAGUUGCUAGAGGUUUCAAACUCUAUCUAUUUCUAUUAAGAAAUACCUUUCAAAGCUAUUCUCCUUUCUAAACAAUGGAAUGUUGCCAGUUUUUGUUUGUGGUCUUUUCCUAGAAAUUUAACCUUGUUCAUUAGUGCCCUUAGAAGGAAAAGGUGCAGAAGAAGAAAAAAUUAAAUAACCCUAAAAGAUCUUAAAAUGUACCUGAACCUUAUCAGCUCCUCUCCCUUUUGCUAAUUUGAAGUUUGUGUCAGAGUUUAUUACCACCAAAGAGAUGUGGUCUUACUCAGAGUUCAAAUAAAAGAACUUUAAAGCUGUGUUAUUCUAUCUGUUUUAAAUGGUGAAAAUGAGCUGGAGAUCUGAAGAGUGGGAUCUAUGCUAAGCCUGUUAGAAUUAAGAAGACUGGGGUCACCGGGUCUACACAGCAGGCAGGGAGACGCUUGGGGACCAUUAGGGACCAGAUUGCUGCAGUAGGGGCAGCCGCUGGCUGCUGGCACUUGGGCUGUCGCAUUGUCUACAUCCUGUGUAUGGGGACAGAAGUAAACAGAUAAUGCUCUCCAGACCCACUAGUUCAGAAAUUCAGCAAAUAAUUUAUUUGGUGAAUCCACAGGAAGGGGCCUGUGGAUGCCAUCCAGCCUAAAACCCUGCUCAAAGCAGGUCCAGCUGUCUCCUGCUUGUCUCUGUGCCCUGUCAUGCAACUGGGCAAUCCUCCCUCCACAUGUAGCCUUUGCUUGCAGUGUCCUGGAAGUACCCUUCUCCCAUGAAAUACAGACUACUUUCCCCUACCAAGAGGAAGUGAAAGCCCCUUCCUCUGUCACUACUUCAUUUGGGCAAAUGCUUGGGUCUAGGUUUAUCACAUUCCUUUGUAAAUAGCAUCUAAGCAGCUGUUUUUCUCAACCUACUACAAAGCAGAUGGUAUUUUGAUCCCUAGGUAUCAUUACUGUUGGUAGUCUUAUUAGCGAUGUCAAGGAUUGAAAAGGUCAAUUGGUUCCUGCCAGCAGUAAGCCAUAAUCAGGGUAUUACUCCUCUGGCAAAUAACACGGAGGAUCUUAGUUUGGCUCCACAUGUGGAGCUGGUUGAAUUCUCAGCUCAGAAACUAAUUCAGCCUCAGUGAAAUCAAUGGAGACAUUGCUACUGGGCUCUUUGUGUAGCAUAUAACACAGGAAGUAUUUUCACUUUACAAAACAAUCCAGAGAAAAGUUGAGUAGCUAUUUGCUUUGUUUUUACCACCAGCUGUGCAAAUGUUAAUUCUGCUCAUGCCUUACUGUGUUGUGCACCAGGUUUUUCCCCAAGGGCCAUUAUUUGAUCUACAGAAUAAUGGUCUGCUUAUAAGGAAUCAGAAUCGAUCGUCUUUGUUGGUAAAGGCUUCAAAGACCAUCGAGUUUAACCAUCAGCCUGACCUGUUGUGUCUUGGUCGAAAGUCUGUUGUUAUGUCUGAGAAUGAGCUCCAAUAAUAGUUUGGAAUUCACUCUCAUUUCCUCAGCUGAAAGACUGACAAAUAUCACCUCAGGCUGUUGCCCAGCCUCCACCAAAGGUGUUGCUGCCCAUGGUCUUGGGGAGCUUCUCACAGUGAUGGGCAUAUUUGGGAGAGCUUUAGGAUGAAGUUGUAGGAUUCUGCUCAGACCUUCCUUUACUUAAAAAAAACUUUCCCUAUCAGCAAAAAUCCCCAUAAGCAAUUUUUUUCUGUGAGCAGCAGAACAGCUUUCAUACAAAUUUAUGUCUGAUGAUCCCCCCAACUGAAUUUAACAUCCACAUACUCUUUAAGCAACCAGCAAAGCAAUCCUGUCUCCUCUUUCUGUUCUCAAUGACAGUCCACCUGAUUACCCUCAUCCUCAAACAUUAUCAGCUCCUUCCUGUAUCCAUUGCAAGCCUACUGUGAUGGUCUAAUUUUCCUCAUUUUUAAUACCAUUGUCUCCUUCAUUGCCUCCUGCUCUGGCCAGCAGGACCUAAGCUGGGCAGGCUGCAGAUAGGCCGGGGAUCAGCCUGCUCCAGCUCUUCCCUCAAGUACACUUCUCUCCUGGUCGCUUCUCUUCAAGAAAUUUGUAACCAGUUAAAAUAUUUUAGAUUUCUACCCUUGCAUCAAAUCUGGCUGAAAAUAACCAAAAAGUUUGAAUGUUAAUUCUGCACAGAUUGUCAGAUAAAUAGAUUAAAGGUGACAAGGAAGGAACUCCGGAAGCCUGGUAACCUCUGAAGGGGUCUGCAUUUCCAAGCUUUCUAUUGCCCUUUUCUGACCAUGGGUCUUUGAUCACUGGCAACACAGCACUAAUCAGAUUUUCAAAAGUAUUUUUGUACCUUUGCACAGAAGAUAUUGGCAGAUUUAAAAAGCCUAAGUAAUAACUCCCUCUGAAAUAACUUAUUUGCAAAGCUGUGUAGGCAGGACUAAGCUUACAUUCAAAGAAUCCCAACUAUUGUGUUCCCAGCUCAUUAGUGACAAAAAAGUGUGAGCAGGAGCAAGUGAACAUAACAGACCUCUAAACUAAACAGGUAUUGUGAUGGAGGGAAGGGAACCUGGAUCUGACGCAGUCCAGCUGCCAACAUAAAUACUCUAAUAAUCAAUCAGAAUCUUGAGUAUUCCAGCAAUGAAUGUCAGAAUAUUUCAGAGUGAAGAGUUAGUGGAAAAUAUAAAUGAAGAAUAAUGAUUCACACACAAUGAGCUAGAGACGACUCUGUGGCAUUUCAGAAAUACUGGGGUGUUAGUGGAUGUAAUAUCACAAACCUCUCGAGUAUGUUCUAUUUUAAAGGAAGAACAUUAAACUGCAUGGAGUGGGUUCUGAAUGUAUCUCCAAAGGCAGCUGAAUAACAACAUCUGCUCAAGGUGCAGCAUCAACCAGAAAACAAGUAGCACACGAAAUUGUAUUAAUGAUCUGUUAUUGUACUGUACUGACUAGAUGUAUGUCUUCAUUCUAGUUAUGAUCAUAAUACCUUGACAAAAAAGAUGAUCACAGAUGUAGAAAGAUAAAAGCCCAAUUAAAAGCAAUUAGAAGUAUUCAAAUCAGAUAUCACUACUUGCUAACCUCUAAGGUACACCUGUAUGAAAAUAAAAAGGGGCAAGAAAAGCGUGGCUGAGAAAAGCAGCCCUUCAGCAGGAGCAGUGUCAGGGACUAAGGAGGGCAGAUCUUUUCUGUGCCAGGCUCAUGUGUCUCACUGGAGUUCUGAGCUGCACUGCAGCGUGACCACAGGAUGGAUAAAUACUGGGGCCCAUUUGGUUAUCCCCACUGGGGUAAUUAGCAAGGAUUUAAUUGGGUUAAAAUUUAAAGAAGAGGAAAAAAAAAAAAAAAAAAAGGAAAAAAAAUGUUUCAGAUUGUGUUUAGAAGAUGCAGAACAUGAAGAGUAUAGCAGAAUUUUGUAAAAUGGAUGUAAUUGUAAUUGUGUGAUAUGAUAUAAAAUAACGUUUUCUGAGUCCUUGUUCUUCCAUGUUUGUAAUGUUAAGAAAAAUGUUAGGCCAGUUCUCUCUCAUUAAAUUUUUGCUUUCUCUGAAGCCCUCUGGAGAGCCCACAGCCCACAUUUCUGAUUCACGCAGCAGUUAAAUACUAGAAUAACAGUAGGGGUAAAAUGCAGAAGUACACUUAUGUUACAAGACCUGUAAAGGAAAUAAUUGCUAGUGUGCUAAUAUAUGUAGCGGUAUAAAUCUUUCUUAAUUGCAUUUUAAGCAUUGCAUUCCAUCAUCAUAUUUUACUUUAUUAGCUAUUUACUUUUGGCAGAGACUGGGAAUAGGUGUGAAAGCAUCAAGGAUUAGGCUAAUGUCCUUGGAGGACAGGCAACUGCAGUAUCAUUCAAAACUCACAUUUAAUCAGAUUCAAGCCUGUUUUGAAGUAAUUUUUCUGCUAUUUCUUGAACUACCUAUUCAUUUGACAUUUUUCUCAUUGAGAAAUAUUCAAGUACUGAGCUGCUGAGAGAAAGAUUGGUGAAGCGUGCUGCAAGCAAUAAGGAAGUAUAAAACCUGACACUGUUGUCACCAACUUUGGUUCCCACAGGUGAAAAGUGUAAGAGUACCUGAUGGCACACUAACCAUUUGGUUUGUACGUGUUCUAAAAGUUAGAAUGCUGGUAUUUUUCUAUUCAAUAAAGGACAGCAAUGUUA